GGGCGAAGAAGGUGACGAACAAGGCGACGCUGUGGUACGUGCCGCUGUCCCUGAAGAACGUGAACAAGGUCCUUGAGGUUCCCCCCAUCCAGUAUGCGAGAAAGGAGCAGGAAGAUGAGGGGAAGAAGCGUUACGAGGAGCAAAAGCUGGAUCGGCUGGAAACUAAGCAGAGAAAUGGCGAUGUGAUCUUCCCCGUCAUCAACCCAGAUAGGCAGACGAAAGAGCCGCACACCGUUGGCUACAGCCAGUCCAGCCUGAUCCACCUGGUGGGACCGUCGGACUGCACGCUGCUGGGCUUCGUGCAUGGAGGUGUCACCAUGAAGCUCAUGGAUGAGGUUGCUGGGAUUGUGGCUGGCAGCCACUGCAAGACCAACAUUGUCACUGCCUCGGUGGAUGCCAUCAACUUCCACAAGAAGAUCAAAAAAGGCAGCGUCAUCACCAUUUCGGGGCGCAUGACCUUCACGAGCAAUAAAUCCAUGGAAAUCGAAGUCUUUGUGGAUGCCGACCCGUUCGUGGACGAGCCUCAGGAGCGGUACCGUGCCGUCAGCGCCUUCUUCACCUAUGUCUCCCUGAGCCAGGAGGGGAAGCCCCUGCCCGUCCCGCAGCUGCUGACGGAGACGGAGGAUGAG